GGUGGUCGAUGCCAUGGCGGAGCACUUCACGCGUUUUGCUGACGACGAGCGCGCCAUGCCCGUCGUGUGGCACCAGACGCUGCUCUGCUUCGUGCAGCGCUACAAGUCCGAGGUCCGCGCCGCGGAUCGCGACGCGCUGCGGCGCCUGUGCGCGGCGCAGCAGCACUACCAGGUGACGCCCGAGGUGCUGCGGGAGCUGGACCACUCGGCGCCGCGCGAGCAGCGGCGCGCGGAGCGGCAGCGGCAGGAGGAGGCGGCGGCGGCGGCUGUUGGGAAGCACGUGCAGGAAGAUGUGCGGAACCUGCCGCCGGUCCCCAUGCUGGAUGACUGA